UGGCAUUUGUUUUGUGCGCGUGAAAUUUCGUGAAUAUACUUUUGUUUUUAAUUUAUAAACAAAUUAUAGAUUGAACAAAUUAAAAUUCAUAAUCACAGUAAAUAUAUUGAAAUUAUUAUUAACAUAAAAAACAAUGGAAGAAGAUAACGAUGAUUUACAUUUGACAACACAAGAACUUGUUCUGCUUUCGGAUUUGGACAGUACUUAUUACGGAUUUUUACCAAUUUUACCAAAUGAAAAUGCAAAAAUUCGUUUUUUAUUGAUGAAAGCAGUAAAAAACCUAGAAGGACUUCUAAUUAAAGCCAGAAAGCAAAAAUUAGCACAACAAACAAAACAAUCUCAAAUUAUUAAAAAUAAUGAAAAUUUAUCAUCAAAUGAUUUGAAUCUAAAUUUAGAUAGUAAAGUGAAAGAAGAAACAAUGGAUAUUGAUAUAGAACCACAAGAAAAAGUAGAAAAGUCGAAUAAAGGAGAUCCAAAUACAAUGGCUGAUGGGACUCCUAUUAAAUUAGAAGUUGAAGAUAUUGAAAUGGAGGAUCUGUCAUUAAAUGAAAUUGAAAGAGUAAGACAUUUACAAAGGGAUAAAGAAAAAGCUAAAGAAGAAGUUUUUGUCGAUCCAAAAACGUAUUGCACAUUGGGACAUUUUAAUUUACUGUUAGAAGAAAAUGCUAAAGCACUUUCUGCAUAUAGAAUUUAUUUAAAAUUAAGAGAUGAAACUUAUUGGAGAGAUAAAUCUUUUUUAUAUGGAAUAGGACUUAUUUAUUUUAAUUUAAACUACUAUCAAUUGUAA